UGAUCUGAAUUAUCCGAUAACCCCCUCCUCAAACCCUGUCCACCUUGUAGCGUUUCAUGUCGUUCACCGAAAACUGUGGUUAUAAACUAUAAUCUUUUUUCGCCCGUGCUUGUUGACGACAACAUUACCAAAAUGUCUUUGGUCAUCCCUGAGAAGUUCCAGCACAUUUUGCGUAUCCUCAGUACCAACAUCGAUGGCAAACGUAAAGUCAUGUUCGCCAUGACCGCCAUCAAGGGUAUCGGUAGACGGUUUUCCAACAUUGUGUUGAAAAAGGCCGACGUCGACCUGAAUAAAAGAGCUGGAGAAUGUACCGACGAAGAGGUUGAAAAAAUUAUCACAAUUAUGCAAAAUCCCCGUCAAUACAAAAUUCCAGAUUGGUUUUUGAACAGACAAAAGGAUGUUGUUGAUGGAAAAUUCUCUCAACUUACCUCCAGUUCCCUUGACAGUAAAUUGCGUGAAGAUUUGGAAAGGUUGAAGAAAAUAAAGGCUCACCGUGGUCUCCGUCAUUACUGGGGUUUGAGAGUACGUGGUCAACAUACCAAAACUACAGGACGUAGAGGAAGAACUGUUGGUGUAUCUAAGAAGAAAUAAGUUAAUAAAAGUGAUAAUUUUUAUUCAAA